AUGCCGGGGGGCGGCGGCGGCCGGGGCCGGCCGGCCGGGCUGCUCCUGCUGCUCCUGGGCUGGGGCUGGGCCUCGUCUUCGUCCAGCGCGCCCCCGUCUCCCUACAACGCGCCCGCCUCCGGCGCGCCCCCUUCCCCCUACAACGCGCCCCGCGCUCCCUUCACCGCGCCCGCCUCCAGCGCGGCGCCUUUCCCCUACAACGCGCCCCCGUCCGGGCCCGGGGACUGGUGCCCGGAGCCGUGCCAGUGCUCCUCGGCCGCCCGCACCGUCAAGUGCGUGAACCGCAACCUCAGCGCGGUGCCCGUCCGCCUGCCCUCCAACGUGCGCAUCCUCUUCCUCACGGGCAACCGGCUGGGCCGGCUGGCCCCCGGGGCCUUCGCCCGCCGCCCGCCGUUGGCCGAGCUGGCCGCGCUCAACCUGAGCGGCAGCCGGCUGGAGGCCGUGCCCUCCGGGGCCUUCGCCCACCUGCCCGCCCUGCGCCAGCUGGACCUGAGCCGCAACCCCCUGGGCAAGCUGGGCCCGCGGGCCUUCGCCGGCCCGGUGGCGCUGGAGGAGCUGGCGCUCAACGAGGCCCUGCCCCAGCCGGCCGGGCCCCCCGAGGUCAGCCGGUUGGCCUCCAUGCUGGCCGCGGCCCUGCGGGGCGACCCGGAGCCCCCCGGCGAGCCCGGCCACCCGGCCCCGGCCGACCGCGUGGCCCUGCGGCGCCUCCGUCGCCUGGAGCUGGCGGGCAACGAGCUGGUGGCCAUCCCCCGGGGCAUGUUCGCCGGCCUGCCGGCCCUGGCGGAGCUCGACCUGGGCAACAACUCGCUCCUCGGGCUGGGCGACGGGGCCGGGGGCACCUUCCUGGCCCACCUGCCCGGCCUGCGCCGCCUGCGCCUCGCCCACAACGCCCUCAAGGGCCUGGACAACGCCACGCUGGCCGAGCUGCGGGCCCUGCCCGCCCUGCGGGUCAACCUGGACGGCAACCCGUGGGCGUGCGACUGCCAGCACGUGGCCCCCGGCCUGCUGGCCUGGCUCCGGGAGAGCGAGCAGGUGGAGGGCAAGGCCGCCCUGGCCUGCGCCUUCCCCGCCCGGCUGCGGGCCCGCCCGCUGCUGCAGCUCAACCUGUCCGAGCUGGACUGCGGCCCGGCCCCCCUGGACCUGCAGGCCCAGCUGCAGACCUCCUACGUCUUCCUGGGCAUCGUCCUGGCCCUCAUCGGGGCCAUUUUCCUGCUGGUCCUGUACUUGAACCGAAAGGGCAUCAAAAAGUGGAUCUAUAACAUCCGGGACGCCUGCCGGGAUCACAUGGAGGGCUACCACUACCGCUACGAAAUCAACGCUGACCCCAGGCUCACCAACCUCAGCUCCAACUCCGACGUCUAGCCGGGAGCCGAGGAUUCCCUCCACCCACCCGACCCCCCUCCAGGAGCGAGGGGCCGCGGCUCUGCAUGACAUGUAGACUUCAAGCUUCUCCCCCCCACCGCCACUUUCUGCCCCCAGGGCCUGUGCCCCCGCUCUUUGGCCUCCGCACCCCCAGGAACCACAGACUUGGACUUCUAAAAGAUGGGCAGGGAGUGGGCUUCGAGGUCGAGUUGGUUGUGCCCCCGCCCUCCCCCGGACCUCUCCCUGGGGUCUUUCCCCUCGCCCCUUUUCUCCCCUCCCUCGCCCUCUUCCCCCACCCCUCGCCCCCUUCCAGUGCCCCGUUCUGGAGCCUGGUCACCUCCGCUUCAGGGGGAUCUCGGGCAGUGCUUGUUUGGAAAGAUUUUUUUCUUCCUUUCUUUCUCUCUUCUAAGUUUCGCCCGAAAAAAAAGAGGAUUUCUCCCAGUACUAAGGUGUAGCAAGGGUACCACUACAGAUACCGUUCAACGAAAGCUGCCUCAACUCUUUUGGGAAAAAAGUAUUUUAUCCGGCAGUUCCAGUUUUAGUCCUAUAUAUCGUCAUGGUGGACAGGAAUCAUUUCAUUCCAUAAAUUGCCUGCACACUUAAAGAGCUCUUUUUAACCAUUCCGUAACAAAAUAGCACAUGAAUUAGAAAGCAUGCAUAUAUUUUACUGGUCUGCAAAUAAUGAAAAAAAAAAACAAAACAAAAACCUUGCAACCUCAGACAAGCUCUUUGUAAAAACGAACUUACUUUUUGAUUGCAGUUUACGUGAAAAGUUGCCAAGUUUUUUAUAUAAACUGCAUAUGGAGUCAACAAAACGAACUGUUAAAAACAUUAAAUAAA